ACCUCAUUCAUUAUACUGAUUCGGCUUUAGUCAUUGUUAUUAAAGAUGGCGGUAUCCGUGGCACCAAAAGAUGUUAAUACAUAUUUAAGUCAAAAUCAAAAUGUUGCAGACAAAGAAUUGGCUACAGAAUGGGCGCAACUCGAAGAAUUAUACAAUAAAAGGCUUUGGCAUCAAUUGACACUUAAAUUAGAAACAUUUGUUAAAAAUCCAGCGCUUCAGAAGGGAGAUAAAUUAGUACAGUUAUAUAUAAACUUUUUAUCUACUUUUGAAAACAAGAUAAAUCCUUUAUCAUUGGUAGAGAUAUUAGCAUAUGUAAUACAACAGUUUCAAGAUAAACAAGAAGCAAUUAAAUUCUUGGAAAAAACAGAAUCUAAAGUUAAAAGCAAUAAUGAGGCAGUUGCUUUGUGUAAAGUUCUCACAGGACAGAUCUUGCUUGAAAAGUUAAAUAAUCAAGAACAAGCAAAACAAAUUAUAGAGGAAGUAGAGGCUAUAUUGGAUAAUGCUGAUGGUGUUACAACAGUUCAUGGUAGAUUUUAUUUAUUAGCGAGUCGCCUUUAUCGUCUUCAGGGGAAACAUGCUGAAUAUUAUCGUACUGCUUUAAGAUACUUGGGUUGUAUUGAUUUAAAUAAUCUAAGUAGACAAGAACAGGAGCAGCAUGCAUUUUUCCUUGGAUUGGCUGCACUUUUAGGUGAAGGAGUCUAUAAUCUUGGAGAAUUGUUAGCUCAUCCAGUUUUACAAUCCUUGAAAGGUACUCCAAACUCUUGGUUAGUUGAUUUAUUACAAGCUUUCAAUGCUGGUGACAUUGUUGCACUUGAAAAAUUAAAGCCACAAUGGAGCAAAGUUGCUGAUUUAGCUGCACAGGAGUUAAAGUUGAGACAAAAAAUAUCUCUUUUAUGCCUCAUGGAAAUGACUUUCAAAAGGCAAGCUAAUAAUAGGCAAUUAACAUUUGCGGAAAUUUCUCAAGAAACUCGUUUGCCUCUCGGUGAAGUAGAAUUAUUAGUAAUGAAAGCUCUAGCUCAAGGUUUAGUUCGUGGUGCUAUUGAUCAAGUGGCAGGAACAGUAAACAUGACAUGGGUACAGCCUCGCGUAUUAGAUCGUACACAAAUAGCUGGAAUGGUUCAACGACUUGAUGGCUGGUGUAAAGAUGUUAGUUCAAUGGAACGUUUAUUAGAGUCUCGAGCGUCAGAGAUACUUACACUUUAAUAUUAGGUUUAACAUUUUUGUCAUUGAUUUGUUUGUAAGUUUUAUUUUCAUAUCUUUGUUAACUCACUGGCUUAUCAUCAUUUUAAAAAUAAAAAAUGUAAUUUACUACAAUUGAUAUAAAUACAUAAUAAUUAUGUAUAAGAUUAAUUUCAUUGUGAUAAGUCAGUGAGUUAAUAUAAAAGGACAUAUAAGAUACAGUUUCUCAAAUAUAAAAUUAUGAUGCUGUUUACAAACGAAUUAAAAAGAUAUAUAAAUUUAUUUUUAACUUAACAUCCUACACAGAACAAUUUAAUGCAAUUUUUAAUGUUUCUAUAGAAUAAUUAUUUGAACUUUUUGUGCUCAGAGACUUUGUACUAUGACUGAAAUAUUAAUAAUAACAACAUAUAUUAACAUUUAUAGCGUUUCUCUUGCUUGUUCACAUAUUCUUUAGAUAUUAAUAAUUUUCUGCAGUA